AUGUCAGAGCUGCGUAGCUCCGAAAUCGCAGCUUUGGAUGGCAACGAAGACACCAAAACCGAGGAGGAUGAAGAGCAACACGCCGUUUGUUCUCGAUCACGCCCAGUGGCUCUUUCAGCGAUCGAAGAUACCGCUGUAGUCACUACAAAGGGAGAGCCACAGCAACCACGUGGGCGCUACAUCAUGUCCACUCGACUUGAAGCGCUGCCGACCACGAAGCGCAUCUUGUACGAGUAUCCGAUCCCUAAAGAAGUUCUGGAUGCACUAGAGCGGCAUCGACACUUCCAUGUAGACGACUCGUCUCCUCUGACUGCUUUCAAGCCCAUUCGACUACCUCAUCCGACUCCAACAGAGCUAUACAGUGCUACAUGCACUAAUAUCGUGUGGGAGUGCUUCUACAGACACUCGGUCCCUGUAGAACGCUCGCCAGUGUCGUUUGUACUAUCUUCACUCGACGUGGCUCCUGAGAGACCCCUCCCACCAGCUAGCGACUUGUUUCAUCUGCAACAACUCAUUGCUGCUACAACGGAUGACUCUAUCUUAUACACGAACUACGUCAUCUGUAUGACAGCACUCACGACGUUCAUCGAGACCUUCGAGCGGAGGUACAUCGCCAACUGGACCUCCAAUUUCUUAAAGAUCUCUCGUCUAGACGCAAAGGUGGUAGCUAUAGCAUCGGCCGACACUGAAGACGGCGAAGGAGGUGCUCUUACCGCUAGUACCGGUCACGUCCGCGAGAUCUUGUUGGUUACGCACGUCGAAGUGGGUGACUUUGUCAUGUAUCAUGGUGACUUCAACUUGACCAAAAUGGAGCACGAUGUCACCGAAAUUUGA